AUGGUUCUUGCCGCCGUGGGGCAACUUUGCGCGACAGCGAGCAUAACUUCUAACUUGGCUCAAUGCCAGAAUCUGAUUCAAAAAACAGCUGCAGCAGGCGCUAAGGUUCUAUUUCUGCCGGAGGCUUCGGACUAUAUAGCUUCAUCGGCCGAUGAGUCUCUUGCCUCGCUGGAUCGUCAGAUCAAAGAGACUUUGUCUUCGAAGCAGAGACUCAAGAACUCCUUGAUUUGGAUCGAUGAUAAGGGUGUUAUUACACAGAGCUACCAGAAAAUACAUCUCUUUGACGUUGACAUUAAGGACGGACCAGUUCUUAAAGAGAGCGCGAGCGUCCAACCGGGCAACGAAAUUCUCCCGCCAUUUGAAACCCCUGUAGGGCGUGUCGGCCUAGCAAUCUGUUUUGAUUUACGCUUUCCCGAGAUCAGUCUGGCUUUGAGACGUCAGAAAGCCGAUAUUAUCACUUACCCCUCAGCAUUCACAGUGCCAACAGGGAAAGCUCAUUGGGAAUCGCUACUUCGUGCCAGAGCCAUUGAGACUCAGUCCUAUGUCAUUGCCGCGGCACAGGCUGGUCCACACAAUGAAAAACGACGAAGUUAUGGUCAUUCCAUGAUCGUCAAUCCUUGGGGAGAGAUUGUCGCGGAGCUAGGGGAAGAUCACGACGAGCCACAAAUUGCGACAGCGGAUAUUGACCUCUCUUUGGUAGCAAAGAUUAGACGAGAGAUUCCUCUCCUUCGAAGAACGGAUCUCUACCCUGAGGUCUAA